UGCUCUCCAGUUUUCACUUCUCUUUGCGUUGCAGCAGCGAAUCAGAAGAUGGAGAAAUAUUUAAUCCCUGUAGCUCCUGCUUCGCAAAACCCUAAACCCUCUAGAAGGCAACAAUGGCAGAGAAUUCUCUUUGAAUUGAACGGGAAAGUUGAUAGAAAAUCCCUCCAGAACGCUUCUGCUCUAUUGACGCAAUCAUAUUCUAUGGUAAUGGGAUUCCCUCAUACAUAUCACGACAAUGGACGGCCAUGUGCAGCACAUAUUAACUGGUUUCGUGGUGGUUCUUUCUCAUUUAAUAACAGAAAUCUCAUUGGCAGUGAGGCUGUAUCUGCAUUGGAAUUUGAUAGAAAGGGAGUUUACCUGGCAUCAGUAACAAAAUCAGGGUGCUUAACAGUGCAUGACUUUGAAGAUUUAUUUUAUGAAGGAAAAGUAUUUCCUUUAGGCUUUAAAGAAGACGAAGAAAAGCUGUUGCUGCACAUUUCUACACAUAAUCGACUUGAUGUGGUUAGAUGGAAUAUUUGUAAUCAAAAUGAGGUUGCUUCCACAUCUCUGAAAAGUUCUGAAGUACGCAUAUAUGAUAUUGGCUAUAUAUCUUCUGAACCUGUUGAUGUACUAAGCAAGAGGUCUACAAUCUCCAUGCAUGGAUAUAGCCAAAGAGGUUUAUCAGAUAUUGCUUUUUCUUCAAGUGACAAUUCAAGGUUGUAUGCUUCUGAUUUCUCUGGUGUGGUGAAUGUAUGGGACAGAAGAUUGAGUGGUCUUCCAUGUCAUGAGCUCAGAACCAAUUGCAGUGAUGCCAUUACUAGCAUAAAGUUGAAUGCUGAUAAUCAGGUUAUGUUUGGAGCCAGCAAGCAUGGGUUUAUAUACAUGUGGGAUAUACGUGGUGGAAGAUCAUCAACAGCUUUCCAGAAUAACACGGAAUAUUAUUCUCCUCUAGUGUCUGUGAAGUUGGCAACAGAGUUGGGUAAAAUUACAUCUUUGAAGGCUCAAUCUAAUGUUCACUUGAAGGAAAUACAUUCCAUUGACAUUAAUCCCUCUUGCCAAUAUCAAUUGGCAUUCCAUCUUGACGACGGUUGGUCUGGUGUUUUUGAUGUCAACUCUUUGAGAGUAACACAUGUACAUUGCCCCCCUCCAGCUUGGUUACGGGAUAACAUUGAUUGCUUGGGCAAUAUCUGUCACCUACGAAAACCUUCAUGGCUACCUAAUUAUUCAAUAUAUGCAAUUGGCUCCGAAUCAGAUGAUGGAAUUCACCUUUUGGAUUUCUAUCCUGACCGAAGCUCCCCUUGCCAUGUCAAUUUUGAUGAGGAGAUAGAAGGCACAAAUCAAGUCCAACAUCAACAUAGACAAAACAAAUUUAUCCCAUUAAGUGAAGGUGUUACUGCAUGCACAGUUCAUCCCUUAACAGGCACUAUAGUGGCUGGAACCAAGUCGUCGUCGCUGCUGGUGAUUUCCCAAGCAUCGGUGUCAUGUCCAGGCGAUGAUCAUUGUCAACGCUGUAAUUCGAAUGCCACAAAGGCUCCUGAACACGUGGAUGCAUCUCAAGAUUAAGUAAGACUUUUGCUCUGUGCUCUAGUAGCUGUCUGAAAACAACACAGCAGUAUAGUGAUCUUUUCGUAGGUUUCCUAUAAUCUUGUAUAGUCAGUUACUCUCUCUAGGGGUAAAGAUUUUCUGAUCCAUGAUACUACAAAGGAUUAUUAGUAAAGCAACAAAGUAGAACACAAUUUUUUGAUUACUAGCAUAAAAUGCAUACAUGAUUUCAUUACACAAGGUAA